AGGAGUGAGAGAGGGAAAUUAGAGCAACCAUAUCUGGGAGAGAGAGAGACUGACAGAAAGGGAGGGGAGAGAGAGAGAGAGAGAGAGAGCUCACACACAGAGAGAACAGAGGGAGAACAACAACACAUAGAAAGAAGAGAGACUGUGUGUGUGUGUGUGUGUGUGUGUGUGUGAGUGUGUGUGAUGUUAGAGGCAGUGCAGCUACAGACAGCAGUAGAGUGUGAAGAGCAGGAUAGUGAAGGUGAAGCUCUGACUCUGUUUAAGGAUGAGAUCUCUCAAACAUCUGAAACCCCAAACCAAGAAAAAUGUGGAGGAGAAGACCCAGCGGCUGGUCAGAUGUUAUUCUGAGGCAAUGCACCAGCAAAUGGAUGUGGGGACACAGACAGACCCUGUAGUGGUGUUGUCUUUGGCACAGGCCGCCGUGUUGGGGCUCAUAUCUCAGAAUGAGGUCUUUGGUGCUACUAUUGCCCCCAACGGUUUCUACACCGGAGAUCCCAAAGAGUCACCUGCACCACCCGGCGAGCGAAUGGACUACGAGUACGCCGAUCAGCUCAUAGGCGCGAACGGUGACUAUUUGGGUGUCAAUGUUGGCGAGGACGGCCACAUGCACCAAAGUUGUGCCGAGCGACGGUGGCAUGGGCCGACUGAGAACGGCAAAGCCCCUGCAGUCCACUCAGAAGCAGGUUCUCAUGUCAAAGGCGAGUCCGUCACUCCAGAGCUCCCAUCCUGCAACCACAUGAUGACCAGCAUGAUUCCCAGAGAGAGCAUGCAGAUGGUGGACCCAUCUGGCUACAGGGUUGUCCCCAAACCUCAUGCUAACAAUUGCUGCAAUGCCUGCGUCCGGGAGCCGAAAAACCCACACCCGCCAGCCGACCAACAUCACCACCACCACCACCACCAUCACCACCACCACCCGCCUCCUCAUCCUAACCUUAAUACUCACCCACACGCACAUGCACCACAUGUGGUUCCUACUCGUGACACGCGAAGUCACGCGCAGGAAAAGGGAGGAGUUAACGAGGUACUAGAAGAAGUUGAGAAUGGAAGGAUGGGUAAAUCUGGAGGAGGUGGAGGGGAGGAGAUCAGUGGCUACUUCCAGAAUAAUGAGGUUGGCUAUGAGGACGGCGAUAUGGAUGGGGUUGGGGAAUUUGAGGACAACAGCCAGGGCAUGUUCUGGGGUGAGCCAGUGGAAGGAGAGGCACCAAGGGGCCGCCGAAUCGACCGGCUGGACAUCAACAUCCAGAUUAACGAGUCGUACUGCGUUGAUGUUGGCGAAGGCUUAAAGCGAUGGAAAUGCCGCAUGUGUGAAAAGUCGUACACUUCGAAAUACAACCUAGUUACACACAUACUGGGUCACAACGGCAUCAAACCACACGCUUGUCCACACUGUGGCAAGCUCUUUAAGCAGCCUAGUCACCUGCAGACGCAUCUCCUGACACACCAGGGCACACGGCCACACAAAUGCACUGUCUGCAAGAAGGGCUUUACCCAGACCAGCCACUUAAAACGGCACAUGCUACAGCACUCGGAUGUGAAACCCUAUAGCUGCCGCUUUUGCCGCCGCGGCUUCGCCUACCCGAGUGAGCUGCGGGCCCACGAGGUCAAGCACGAACGUGGGCGCUGCCACGUCUGCUCGCACUGUGGCAUGGAGUUCCCUACGUAUGCCCACCUCAAGCGCCACCAGGUCAGCCACCAAGGACCAGCCACUUUCCAGUGCGGCCAGUGCAGUAAAGCUUUCGUCUACCGCAGCCAGCUGCAAAACCACAUGCUGAAGCACCAAACGCAACGCUCCUUUUCCUGCAGCCAGUGUGGACUGCAGUUCCUGCAGCUGCAUCAACUCCGCCAGCACUCACUCACGCACAAAGUGCUGAAGCCUCAGGCACGAGGUUCCAAGGGAAUCAAAGGAUUUAAGUGUGAUGUUUGUGCCCGAGAGUUCACACUGUCUGCAAACCUGAAGAGGCACAUGUUAAUCCACGCCAGCGUCCGGCCCUUCCAGUGUCACAUCUGCUUCAAGUCCUUCGUCCAGAAGCAGACCCUCAAAACCCACAUGAUCGUCCACCUGCCUGUGAAACCUUUCAAAUGCAAGGUCUGCGGGAAAUCAUUUAACAGAAUGUACAACCUCUUGGGUCACAUGCAUCUCCACGCUGGCAGCAAGCCAUUCAAAUGCACAUACUGCUCAAGCCGAUUCAACCUGAAGGGAAACCUCAGCAGACACAUGAAGGUCAAACAUGGUAUGGACGUUUCCCCAGAUGGACAAGAUGCUCCUCCAGAUCUGGAAGCUCAUGCAGACUAUGACGAGGAGAACUUCAACUUCGCCACCUCCGAGAAUAUAGAUAAUAAUGAUGCUCCUAAUCUCACCAAGCUCUCCGAGGUGGCAAUCCAGGAGCUGGACUACUAUAACUUUGGAAAGGAUGUGGCCAACUACAACACAGCCUGAACUCUUACGUAUUUGAGUUUGACUGAAGUUAAAAUACUGUUGCGUACAGAUGACCUGGGAUGGUUAUUACCAGCCGUAGGCUGAUAGAGUCGGUCCUCCUAAAAGAAGACUUCUCUUUUAGUGUUGAUGGGCGACGACCCUUCCUGGGAUCACUCUCCUGAUGUUACUACUUUGGUUCUUUUUUCAUAAGAAACAGACUGAGUUCACUAAGAGUCUUUUGAACAACUUCACCCCUGUACGUUUAGUACAUAGGAGAUUGUUUUGGUUACAUAUAAAACAGACACUAGAUAAUCAGCUGUAAGUGAGUCACUCUGGCAGAACAUCCUGAUGUUUGAUCCAGGCAGGAAACGUGUUGUGGGGGUGUGGCCUUCAUUUUUGCAGUUCUUCUCCAUAUACUCAAACAGCUAAACAAAUCACUUCAGCUGCAUCUAUUUACAUUGCCUUCACUUACAGUUGCAUUGAAAUGCACUAAAAGACUCUUACAAUAAACACACACACACACACACACACACACAGCCAGCCCAUUUCCUGCUCAGUGUUAGGGCAGUGUACUAUGGGUUGAGAACUGAAUUCUGUAUGACUAUUUUACAGAGCGUGUAUAUACUUGAGGAUGUAUAUCUGGGUAUUUAGGCCCCAUAUUCCAAAGCUACUGCUUUCUUUGGUACACAGUUAUGUACCAUUCACCGUUAAGCACCACUACUGUUGCCAGAAUUAAAUAUUAAUUCAUCAGAAAUUAUUGGUUUAGCCACCACUUUCUAACACUCACCUGUGUGAAGAAUUAUAAUUCAUUUAUAUUAAUUUGCUAUUUAUUUUGAUGAAAAUAUAAUUUUAUAAAAUUCUCCUUCACCACUGACAGUAUAAGCUCUGGUAACCCCAUCUCCAAUGAGAUGCCUGUGUUUCAUCCUUUGAAUACUGUUCCUUAAGAAAACAUUCACAAGUGUGUAGGUUCUUUAAAUAAACCAUUUUGAAGUGCA